CUUAUAUCUUAUCAGGUAGAUAAGAACCGUGCACAGUGUACCUACAAUCGGUACACAUUGUAGUGCAAAUAACCGCCAUGAGAUCAACGUUUGUGUGCUACUUUUGCAUCCUGUUCAAAAUUACGAUGUCGGCGCUGACUCCCCAAGAGAGAUUGUGCCAGAAUUUUGGGAGCUGUGACCUUUGCAUACAGGCGGAAACGUACUGUGGUUGGUGCUUUCAAGAGAACUUCAAAAGUGACCGAUGCGGGCCAUUAGAAAGCUUGGUAAGAGACGGCUGCGAUAAAAGCAACAUAUUGCAAAGUUCCGAGGACUCAAAGAUCUUGGAUAUGGAAAAUAAAGAUUUCAGAGGUGUUACAAACCCGGACAAUAUCGAGGACUCAAUACAACUUAAACCCCAGAAGGUUUCUGUACAGAUUAAAGCGAAGCAACCGAUCAACUUUCAGUUCGUUUAUCGACCGGCAGAAGAUUACCCGUUGGAUCUGUACUACCUUAUGGACUUAACCGAGACGAUGUAUAAGGACAUAGCAACCAUGGCAACCUUGGGUGCCGAUCUUACUAAACUUCUCCAGCAGUUAUCGAAGAAUUUUCGCGUCGCCUUUGGUUACUACUCUGACAAGGUGGCGUUUCCUUUCUCGCGAAUGGCACCCCACUUCCUGGAGAACCCCUGUGAGCCCUACGGACAAACCUGCGAGAAGCCCUUCAAUUUCGUGCACAAGUUGAACUUCACCAAUGACGUGGAGAAAUUCGUCAAUACGGUGAACGCAAGCAAAACCACGUCAAAUUUAGACAACUUGGAAGGCGGAAUGGACGCGCUCUUGCAAAUUAUCUACUGCGAGGACUACAUAAAGUGGAGAAAGAACUCGCGAAAACUAAUCGUGAUCGCCACUACGGCCUCAAUGCACUUCGCGGGCGAUGGCAUUUUUUGGUUGGGGGCCGUUAAGCGAAUAACCGGAAAAUGUUUCUUGGACCAAAAGACGGUAUCUACAGCCGCUCGCUGGUUACGACUACCCAUCUUUGGGAGAGGUCUUUCGCCAGUUGGCGUUUCAACAAGUGUCAAUCUUCCAAAUUUUAGAGGCGAUUGCGAAAUGUGGAAUGUGUAUUUUGCGAUGAAGGAAUACACGGGGUCCCUGAAGCUGGAAGAAGUCAUUGAUGGCUGA